AUGAAGACACGUCCUGUUGUUCUGGCCAAUGUCGCCAGACUUCUGCUUCUUCAGCCAGCCUUCACCUUGGCUGCGACCUUCUACUCCCAGCUGAGCCUCUGCCCGGACCUCUGCCACAACGUAGGCUCCAGCCCAGCUAACUGGACUGUCCUCCAACAUGUCGACCAACUCAAGAGCUGCGACAAGGCUGUACUCUUCGACCUGUCUUUGGUCAACGACCUCAGCAACACCAAGGUCUCAACCCUGAUCCGCGCCUGCGUCGCCACCGGUGAUGGAGGGCCUAGCAUAGCUACCACCCAAUCUGUUGACUCGGACUGCGGCAACUCAAGCACCGUCAGUUUUCCGCUGCAGAUCGGUCGGAGCGGUGUGGUAGCUGCCGACAACGGCCUCUUAUCCAUCGAGUCUCUCAAGCCCUUGCUCGCCGACCUGGAUCGCGAGCUCCUUAUUCCCGAGGACUGUGGCACCAGAGUCCUCUUUAGCGCAUCUCCCUCUGCUGCCACUAUCGUCGGGGUGUACAUUGGGUCAGGGCUCGACACACCUCUGAGCUUCCAAUCUGUGGUCAACCAGACAAACAAAAACAUCGCCGAGGGGGGGUUGGGAACAACAUUUCUCGUACAGGCCUGCCCCGACGCUGGCCGUGCCGAGACGCUCGGUCUCAUUGUCAACACCGAGGGCGAUGUCGGUCUCGUCCAGAGCACGCUUCGCCAAUGGAACAACGGCACCUGCGUUGAUGGGCUGGACAGCAUCCGCGAAUCAAGCGAGAUCCAGGUUGGACGGCGGACCACGGCAUCUCCAGCCCCGCCGUCUCGGCACUUCAACACCACGUUAGCUGGCAAACAGUCCCGGAAUACUUGCUCGACGACCCAAGUCGUCUCAGGCGAUGGCUGUGGCUCACUGGCGGCUAGGUGCGGCAUCUCAGGUGCGGCCUUUGAGUCCUACAACCCCUUACCAGCUUUGUGUUCGACCCUUCAGAUUGGCCAGCACGUCUGCUGUUCGCCAGGCGAUCUCCCAGACUUCAGGCCGCAGCCAAACCCUGACGGAACAUGUGCGACAUACACAGUCCAGGCGGGCGAGUGGUGCGCCCUGAUUGCGAGCGACCACUUUAUUACGGCAGACGAUAUUGAGAACUUCAACAAGCAAACCUGGGGCUGGAACGGCUGCCAGUUUAUGCAGGUUGGGCAGGCUAUCUGUCUCAGCACCGGUAGCCCCCCAAUGCCGGCCCCCGUGUCCAACGCCAUCUGUGGGCCCCAAGUCCUGGGGACGCAGGCACCGAGCGACUUCUCGCAGUUGGCCAAUCUCAACCCCUGUCCGCUCAACUCGUGCUGCAACAUAUGGGGCCAGUGCGGCAUCACGCCGUCCUUCUGCACCAUCUACCAGUCCGACACGGGGGCCCCCGGGACUUCACCUCCGGGGACGGCGAGCUGCAUCUCCAACUGCGGCACAAACUUUGCCAACAACGACAACCACCCCGCCCAGUUUCUCAAGGUCGGCUACUGGGAGUCCUGGGCGGCCACGCGCGGGUGUUUGGGCAUGACCGCCGCCCAGAUCCCGAGUGGUUAUAGCCAUAUUCACUAUGCUUUUGGUGGAAUCACCAACGACUACCAAGUCGAUGUUUCGGACACUCAGACACAGUUCAACGACUUCAAGGCCACGACGGGGUUCAAGAAAAUUCUGUCAUUUGGUGGUUGGUCCUUCUCGACUGAGGCGGACACAUUCCCAAUCUUCCGUGACGGUGUCACGUCCGCGAACCGACAGACAUUUGCACAAAAUGUGGUUUCAUUCAUGCAAACACACAACCUCGACGGGCUGGACUUUGACUGGGAGUAUCCGGGGGUAAGAACCACACCCCGCGUGCCCUUAUUUUCUACUCUAACAUCGCUGAUCCUGACGAUUCAGGCUCCUGAUAUCCCGGGCAUCCCUCCUGGAGGCCCCAAUGAUGGCGCCAACUAUCUAGAGUUCCUCCAGAUGGUCAAGGCCAUCUUGCCCGCGGGUAAAAGUCUGUCUAUUGCUGCUCCGGCUUCGUACUGGUACCUCAAAGGCUUUCCAAUCGCAGAUAUGGCCCCGUUGCUGGACUACAUUGUGUUCAUGACCUACGAUCUGCGCGGACAAUGGGAUUGGGGGAACCAGUUCGCCACCGAAGGGCUGGCCAGGGGGCGACUGUCUUCCGCUCCCAAGACCAACUAUGCGCUCGCCAUGAUCACCAAGGCCGGCGUCCCUUCGAACAAGGUCGUUGUUGGCUCGUCGGGCAACGGCGGCUACGGCACGUCGCCCUCGAGUGCCACCAUUGGGAGCAUCCCGGGUUGCACGGUCCCUGCGCCAGGGGCAACCUUUACCAUCGAUGCCGACUGCGCCGCUGGCAUCGCCAACUACCCGCCAAGCGGUCGAAACAACGACUCUCCGGGCCCGGACUCCUGCGACGAGGAGUGCAACCUCUGGCAGCGGAUAACGGCCACAUGCUGCGGAAUUGGAGGCGAUCUCGCUAACCCGGUCGUCAUCCUCCCCAACGUGCAAAUCCCGAACUCGGUCGUCCUCCCGCCGGGCUACUCGCCCGCCGCCCCCCUCGACGUGCCAAUCCCCGCCGACAUAAUCCUCCCCAUCGGCUUCACCCCCACUACCCCCUUCCAGUUCGGCCCCGUCAUCCUCCCCGCCGGACCAACCCCGACCGAGAUCAUCCUCCCCGCCGGCUUCGUGCCCAUCCUCCCCUUCAUCCUCCCGCCCAUAACCCUCACCCCCGGCACCACGCUCAUCUACCCCGUCAUCAUCCCCCCGCUGUUCACCUUCCCACCCCCACCCGCACCACCGCUCAUCGUUCCCCCUCCCGUCCCACUCCGCCCCGUCCCGCCCCCACCGCCAACCGGCCCCCCCCCCCCCACCGCCCGUCUUCCCCCUCCCCAUCACGGAGUGCGCCUACUUCCCGCCGUGGGCGUCGGUGAUUCCGAACUUCCCGGGGCCGGGCACGCCGACGCAGACACAAACAGACCCGGACCCGACGCCAACGCCGACGCAGACGCCGACGCAUCCGUACCCGGAGCUGUGCGGGCAGAUCCCCGUCGAGGAGCUCGCGGGGUACACGUGCUUUGA